AUAGACAUCACUUUAUUAGAGAAUAAUAGCCAGUAUAAUAACAAUUGUACUUAGUUUUUAGUACUUAACAUAGGUGUGUGGGUAAUAGCCUUCGGACGCAGAAUAUUUUACCAAAGUGAGAACACGACGGAUAGAAUACAUACCGGGAAAAUGUAAAUUUUCACUCCAAAAGUAUUAUAAAUGGAUCAGAAUGGCAUAAGAAGAGACCUUACAAUGGCAAACGAUGGAUUAAAUAUGUUUGAUCAAGAAUUGGUGCCCACAAGGACUACCGUGCAAAGAGGACGUGCAAGAUUUGUGAAUUCAGUUACCGACCAACUAAGAACAUUUGACAACAAUGCAGACGAACCGACAAACAUUGGUAACACGGAAAUUGAUGACCAAAUACUGCUAGGACAGGGUUCAGCGGAUUAUUACACAGUAGCGGCACCCAUGAUAGAAGGAAAUGAUGACAGACCCAUGGGCUUUGCAUCACUUAAAACCAAAACCUUUGACAAUAACUUCAAGGACUUAGAAGGACUCAAACGCAAGGAAGAACUGUUGCAUUUUUCUGAAAACUACCUUCAUAGCAAAUUGUAUACACCUAAGUUGGAAGCGCUACAAAGGCUAGUGGAGCCUGGGAAGUAUACCGGGAAAACUAAGCAUAGAAUAGGUAGUGAUACGAUAACAUCAAAAUAUGCCUUAAGUCGCAGCACAUCCAUACGUAAAGAAGACGGGGAACAUGCUACAUCAGUAAGCUCUGGUGAAGGAAGAGCCCUUAGCGUACAAUCUGGCAAAUCGUAUGGUGCCCAAUUGAAGUUUGGUGAAUAUAGUGAUCUAAAACAGACGUCUGAAGAAAGUAGAUCGAUAGGUGUCAAUGAGAAAAAAGAAAAUGUAGUCAUGCUAUUGUCUAGCAGCCAAGUGGUAAAUGGAGUGAAAAAGAAAAAAAUUACAAUACCAAAAUCUGCAUAUCAGCCAUUAAACGAUAACGAAACAAAGGGUGCAAAAGUAAUCCUAAAAGUUGUAGGUAAUGCAAAGGUGGAAAAGGAAAAGGAACUGGAUAGAAAUGAUCCAAUAACAUGGAUGCUCUCCAUUGAAAACGAAAUAGAUAACCUAGUAGACACUAUUGAAUUAUAUGGAGACAAUAUAGUCAACCCCAAAGCUAUAGUAACACAGUUGGAAGUCCUGAGACCACCAUGGAUGCCAGCAGAAAUAUUCUACUUAUACUGUAUGAAGCCUAUAGGCAUGAACCCAAAUGAGUUCAUGAAACUGGUAGAGUCAAAUAAUAUGUUAAGAUGUCGCGAUGAACUGCAGAAGUUUAAUGUAGUGAACACCAAUGCCAUGGGAUAUGUACUAGACGCAGAAAAUGAAACUGUGGAACAACUCACUAAACUAAAUAAGGUCCAUAAAAGGUUAAUGAAUGAAUAUGAUAUAUAUACAAAAAUACACACAAAAAUGACAGAAAACUUCAAUAACCAAGUGGAAGACCUCCUGAAAAUUACAAGACAAGAUCUCCGGCUAGCAGCAGGAGAUACCUACCUACAAUACGGAUCCAUAAAAAACAUAACCACAUGGCAAAAGGGUGAUCCUGUAAUGAGAGAAAAAGGGUUCUCACACGAUAAAGCAUCCAAGGAUAAAAUGAAAACAUUGCAAAGGAUGCAAGAAGUUUUCGGAGAAGGGACCAACGUCGCAUAUGAUACGUCAGCAGUUGACGAGGCAAAGUAUAUAUACUAUAUGAAACUACUGCAAGAUAUGGAAGAUAGCGAACGAGAUGAACUGCAACAGCAGCUUGCAAGAGAUCGCACCCAGGCAUUAGCCGAAUACUCAGUAUUGGAACCCGCGUUCAAACCACAAGAAUGUCUAGCAUGGAAAGCUUUAGGAGUGUCAUGUAACUCAAUAAUUUGGAAAAUGUACAACACAAUAGAAUGUAUGCCAGUAAUCUACAAAAUCAAAACACUAGAAGGAGCUGGAUCUGAACUUAUAAAUAUACUCAAGGAAGCAUAUAAACAAGCAUUCACAAAAAUAAAAAAGGUGGAACAAAAAUAUGCAGAUAAUAAAAAUAUCAAAUUUGCAAAUGGAUUUGAAAUCACAGAUCAUUGCCUAGUAGAAAGAAUGGGAUUCUUUGGGGACACACCAGUAUCAGAAUUACUAGAAAAGAUGCCGCAAAUGAAAUCAGCAGAACGUUUCUCCCAAGCACAAGUAAUAGUUAGGGAAAUCGCGAAAAUGGUUAAUAAAUUUAAAAAUAUAGACUUUAUACUACCACUAAAGUCAAGCAGAAUCUACUUCUUUGCAGGAGGAGCAAAACUGUCAGCAGGUAUCCCACAGUCACUGCUACACAAAGAAGCAAGGGAUGCAUUGAAUAAAUGCGUGAAAGUUACCAUAGCAUCACUUCUUUGGGGAAAGACUCUAGAGUGGUACCUCCCACCAGAAGCUAACGGUGAUCCAGCAUUCACACAUGAUACUAACGCAGUGUCAAAGGCACACGUGUGGAUGAUAGGGAAAAUACUAUACGAAGCAACGUGCCAAACGCCAUUAUCAAGAGCUGCACUGGAUUACAACCAAAUUGAACUAUGCGAAGAUGCGGAUACAAGACAGUUUCUUAAAAUAUGCCUUUGCGAAAAUGUAAAAGACAGGCCUACAGUAGAAGAUAUACUCAAACACCCCUUCAUGAAGCGACAUAAAGUUAUGUACGGAGCACUGGGACCAAUUGACGUCGGAAAAGUGCAAUGCGCAGUGGAGAUACUAGGUGAUAUCGAAACGAUCGUAUUGAACAAAAUCAAUCGUACCGAAAAAGGAGUUGCAGACUACGAACAAAAUGAUAACUGGGAUAUGGUUCUAGGAGAUAGUGAAGACGACGACUUGUGGUCACCAAGUAGAAUAGACAACAGUAAACUACAAGAAGACAACACAGUCACACUUAAUGAAUAAUAACAAUGUGUACAUAUAAA